AUGCAUAUCACUGUGAGAAAUCUGUUUUCAUCUUCUGAGUGUGGAAAAACGUUCAUUUAUAGAACAAGCCUUGACAUACAUGUAAGAUCUCAUAAGGGUGAGAAGCCGUUUCCAUGUUCUGAGCGUGAGGAGCGCUUUUCCAUCUGUAAACAGCUUUUAGUGCAUCAAGCAGUUCAUACUGGUAACACAAUUAUAUGCUCAGAAUGUGGGAAAUCGUUUUCUUCUCGGUCACAUCUUCGUGCGCACAGAAAAACUCAUACUGGCGAGAAGCCGUAUUCAUGCUCUGAAUGUGGGAAGUCCUUCAGUGUUAGAUCAAGUCUCAUUCGGCAUGAGAGGUCUCACACUGGAGAGAAACCAUUUGAGUGUUCGGAGUGCAAGAAGGCUUUCCGCUCUAAGACCCAUCUUGUCCAGCAUCAGAGGUCUCACACUGGUGAGAAACUGUACUCAUGUCUUGAGUGUUGGAAAUGUUUUACAGUUCAAUCAAAUCUCCUCAGUCACAAAUUAAUCCACACGGGGGAGAGACCUGUUUCUUGCUCUGAGUGUGGAAAAUGCUUCCAGAAUCGGUCUGGUUUACGUCGGCACCAGAAAACUCACAUAGGGCAGAAGCCCUUGUGUUUAGAGUGCAGGAAUUAUUUUGCCAGAAAAUCUAAUCUUCAAUCACACCAAAUGAUUCACACAGGGGAAAAGCCGUUCCCAUGUUCUGAGUGUGGUCAAAGUUUCAGAUUGCAGAAGGCGCUCAAGGCUCACAAGAAGACUCACUCAGGGGAAAAGCAGGUUGAGUGA